AUGUGCACACAUGUGAAAUCUGUAAUGGAAGGGAGUGCGGAGGAGGAGUCAAGCGAUGACAGUCAUGUCUGUGCGCCAGACCUUGCAACCGUCGACAGCGUAAGCAAGGGCAAUGAGAAGAAGGCCGCAGAGGAUGAUGGCGAGGGGCCAGAAAAGGGAGUGGAAGAGGAGGGUGUCGGGGUAAAGGCGGUGCAUCAGUGCUGCAGCACUCAGCUCGCCUUGUGCUGGCGGCGGAAAGUGAAGAAGGCGGCGCGAGGAACCCACCUCUGCCUUCGAGAGGUUCGAACCCUCACGCAGCCACUCUAUGGUCAGCAGAGGGAGGAAGGUGGGUUCGUUAGCAGCCGGCAGAAUGUGAAAGUUGUCAAUGCCGGCCUCCACCUCACUCUCCUCCUCACGCCUAGAUUCUGGCGAUCCUAUUAUCUUUACGGGCAUCGUCAAUGA